CUGCGCCUGCGCAGUGCCCGCUGGCCGCCGCGGGGAUGUUGUCAUCCGGGUCCUGGGCGGAGCCGUUGGGCGAUGGCGACCGUAGCGGAGCUGAAAGCAGUUUUAAAGGACACACUGGAAAAAAGAGGUGCACUUGGGCAAAUAAAAGCAAGGAUCAGAGCUGAAGUUUUUAAUGCACUGGAUGACCAAAGUGAACCACGGCCACCGCUGUCCCAUGAAAAUCUCUUAAUCAAUGAACUCAUUCGUGAAUACCUGGAAUAUAACAAAUAUAAGUAUGCUGCAUCUGUUUUAACUGCAGAAUCUGGCCAACCUGAAGUGCCCUUGGAUAGACAGUUUCUUGUCAAAGAGCUGAAUAUAGUCGAAGAUGCAAAUAGCAAAUCAAUCAGACCCCUUUUGUAUGGAAUCAUAGCUCAUUUCUUACAUGGUGGUAAAGAAGAAAGUACCCCAAGCACUCUUCCAAAAGUGUCUUUGCUGAACUAUCCAAGGCAGAAUCAUGGCAAACCAUCUACUGAGAGAAAUCAAAAAGAUAGAAUUCCAGAACCAGGAAGGAUGGCUGGCACUAGCAUUGAAGAGCCCCUUGUUUUACCAAGUAUAAACAGAUGAUGUCUUUCAUAUGUUAAUUUUUCAUAUAAAGUUAUUUGGGAGUUAAUUUAAGAAGUUAUUCUUUACAGAAGUUGUUCUAUCAUGUCCAGUGGGCCACUUCAAUUUGUAAAAGCUACCCAUCAGACAGGAAGACAGGGUCAUAUUAAUAGCCAAUAAAAAAUGUUAGCAAAGGACAUCUUCCUCCAGUGCUGAUAGAAGCAGAAGUGUAUAUGAAGUCAGAUUAGUCGAGCCUGUGUCUAGAAUUGGUCCUAAAAAUACUGUAUUUAUUUUAUAAAAAUAAAAAUAUAUCAGAAAAAUUACCAUUCCUGCACUUUCCGUAUGAUGUGCUGUCUUCGAGUAUUUUUUCCUGCAUUUUAGAAUAAAAAUAUUCUGUUUUA